AUGCAUAAGUUGACUGAAAACUUCGAUGAUAACAUUCUUCCAACGGAAGCUGGCACCAAAGACCCAUACAUGGAGGAUCAUUAUAUCUCUACCGAGAGCUACUGGACCGAGAACGGUGGCGAGGUCAAUGACAACUUCAGCAUGAACAUGGCCGGUAUGGGUAGAUUUGGCCCCGUGAGCCCCGUGAGUGCUACCGCCAGUGGCGCUUCUCCCAGUGCUUUCACCUGA